GUUUUCACCAACCAAAACCAGCACAGCCAUCAUCUCCUUCCUCACCAAACCACCAAAUUCCAUCACAUUUUCCACUCUUCAAAACUCUCAGUACGUAGAUAGAUACACUAUACUUACAAAACCCCCACUCCGAAACCCACACACAGUUCUCACACCUGACAAGCCACUCAAAGCCCAACCACUUUAUGCUACAAACUGUAACCUUCUUCCCUGCAACAAGAUUUUUCCACCCCGAAAAAUUGGGUAUAUUUGGUGAGCAUUAAGCUGAUAGAGACCCAUUUCGAAAUUACUUGAGAUUCUCAAACAGCUUUAAUGGCGAGUGGGGAGGGUAUAAGGAAGAAUCAAACCUUGAUAUGUGCACCAUUAAUGGCUGACACAGUGGAUCAAUUGGUGGAGUUGAUGCACCGGGCAAAAUCGAAGGGAGCUGAUAUUGUGGAAAUUAGGUUGGAUCACUUGAAGAGCUUUAAUCCUCAUGUGGAUAUCGAGAAGCUAAUCAAAGCAUGCCCUUUGCCAACUCUAUUUACUUACAGACCUAUUUGGGAAGGUGGUCAGUAUGAUGGUGAUGAAAACAGUCGUUUCAAUGCACUUAAAUUGGCCAUGGAGUUGGGAGCUGAUCACAUUGACAUUGAGCUAAAGGCUGCUCACGAGUUCAACAGUUUCUUGCAUGGAAAUAAGCCUGAAAAGUGCAAAGUUAUUGUUUCUUCACACAAUUACGAUAAUACCCCUUCCGCUGAGGAACUGGGGAACCUGGUUGCUAGAAUUCAAGCAGCUGGGGCUGACAUAGUCAAAUUUGCCACAACUGCAACAGAUAUCACAGAUGUUGCGCGGGUUUUCCAAAUUACAGUCCAUUCUCAAUCAAAUCUUCAGAUACCAAUAAUUGCCAUGGUUAUGGGUGAAAGGGGACUCAUAUCAAGAAUACUCUGUCCUAAAUUUGGUGGAUAUCUCACGUUUGGCACUCUCGAGCCAGGAAAAGUAUCUGCACCUGGACAACCAACAAUCCAAGAGUUGGUUGACUUGUUCAACUUUAGGUUGAUCGACUCUCAUACAAAGGUAUUUGGUAUCAUAGGGAAGCCGGUUAGUCACAGCAAGUCACCCAAGCUGUAUAACACAGCUUUUAAAAAGCAUGGAUUCAAUGGAGUGUUUUUGCAUUUAUUGGUGGAUGAUGUUCAGAGAUUCUUUGAGACAUAUUCCUCGCCGGAUUUUGCUGGUUUCAGCUGUACGAUUCCUCAUAAGGAAGUGGCUCUCACUUGCUGUGAUGAAGUCGAUCCGGUUGCCAAGUCGAUAGGAGCAGUUAAUUGCAUCCUCAGACGGCCUAAUGACGGGAAGCUGUUUGGUUGUAACACAGACUACAUUGGUGCAAUUUCUGCAAUCGAGAGUGGCCUUCAAGCUUCACAUGGAGCAAGUGGGACCGAGUCACCUUUAGCGGGUAAGCUGUUUAUAGUGAUUGGUGCUGGAGGUGCUGGAAAGGCACUUGCUUAUGGUGCUAAAGAAAAGGGUUCGAGAGUUGUGAUUGCUAACCGUACUUAUGAUCGAGCUAGAGAACUAGCUGAUCUUGUGGGAGGGCAGGCUUUGUCUCUGGCUGAGCUGAGUAGCUUCCAUCCCGAAAAAGGAAUGAUACUUGCUAACACAACUUCUAUCGGGAUGCAACCGAGAGUUGAUGAGACACCUGUUCCUAAGGAAGCUUUGGGAUCUUACGAGCUCGUAUUUGAUGCGGUUUACACCCCCAAAAUCACUAGGCUCCUUCGUGAAGCUGACGAAAUGGGAGCGAAAAUCGUGACAGGUGUCGAAAUGUUCAUUGGUCAGGCUUAUGAACAAUACGAGAGGUUCACUGGCUUGCCAGCUCCAAAGCAACUGUUCAAGGAAAUCAUGAAAGAUUACUGACCGAUUUCCUUCAGCUAUAAAGAAAAUCGCGUCUCGUUUGCACGCGUGCACGAUUGUUGUCAUUUUAUCUAUCUUGUUGUAUCAUUCUUUCCUUGUUCUUACAUCCCAGGUAGAUUGUGAUUUGUCGUCGACCAGAGGAUUUUAUUUUAUUUUUUCUUUCAGUAACAGCAGUGGAUUUUUGACUGUUGGAAGGGUGAUAUGCAGUCAUGAAUUGAUGAAUCUUUAGACUUUGUACUUAAUAUCCUCGUGUAAAAUGCAAAACUAUGAACAAGACGGUUAUGUUAUGGUGUAAGUUGUUGUUUCAAUAUGAAUAUCAAUAUGAAUAAAAAAAA